GGCGGGGCGGAGGCGGAGCCGCGGGGCAGACAGCGCGGGGGGUCGUGGCGCCGAGUGGGAGCGAGAGCGCGAGCGCUGCUGCAGCGGGCGGCAUGGCGAGCACGGCCUCGGAGAUCAUCGCCUUCAUGGUUUCCAUCUCGGGCUGGGUGCUGGUGUCCUCCACGCUGCCCACCGACUACUGGAAGGUGUCCACCAUCGACGGCACGGUCAUCACCACCGCCACCUAUUGGGCCAACCUGUGGAAGACGUGCGUUACCGACUCCACGGGCGUCUCCAACUGCAAGGACUUCCCCUCCAUGCUGGCGCUGGACGGUUAUAUCCAGGCAUGUAGAGGACUUAUGAUCGCUGCUGUCAGCCUGGGCUUUUUUGGUUCCAUAUUUGCCCUGUUUGGAAUGAAGUGUACCAAAGUCGGAGGCUCAGAUAAAGCCAAAGCUAAAAUUGCUUGUUUGGCUGGGAUUGUAUUCAUACUGUCAGGGUUGUGCUCAAUGACCGGUUGUUCCCUGUAUGCAAACAAAAUCACAACGGAAUUCUUUGAUCCUCUCUUUGUUGAGCAGAAGUACGAAUUAGGAGCUGCUCUGUUUAUUGGAUGGGCAGGAGCGUCACUCUGCAUAAUCGGCGGUGUCAUAUUUUGCUUUUCAAUAUCUGACAACCACAAACCUCCCAGAAUGGGAUACGCAUACAAUGGGGCCACGUCUGUCCUGUCUUCUCGGACAAAGUAUCAUGGCGCAGAAGGAGAUUUUAAAACCACGAACCCUUCAAAACAGUUUGAUAAAAACGCUUACGUCUGAAAAGAGCACUGCCGCAAGCUGUCUUGAGUUAUUAUAAAAGUGAACUGUUCACCAAAUGAUCCCCCCCUUCAGCGCCCUCCUCUAAUUCACACUCUAAACUAUUUUUAAAACAUGAAUUUGGAGAAUUUGCUGAUUGUAUGGAUGUAAAUGUUCUAAUCAUUUUCUGUUGUGGCUUUCUAUGAAAAAAAAUAAACAGGUU